AUGAUAAUCGAAGAUGUUGAUACGGAGGAUCUUCUGAAGAGUAUGAACGGUUCUAUUCCUGAACUGUUCUUCUUUGACAUCAACCCGGAGGGAGACUUGGCAGCGAAUGCCUCAAUCGGGUCUGUUGUCUCCCUUCCGGUCGAAGGGAACGAGCCUGCGCUUUAUGGUUGCAUAACCAACGCCCAAUGGACGGCCGCCCAAAUUCAUGUGUUUCAGUACUACCAUGUCAAGACGCAAGAAUGGUUCGAAAAGAGUGACUGGGGCUCCAACCGUAUGAUCACCAUCCGUACAUCCUAUGCGAACCUCAGCAAUCCUAUUGUGGGAAAGACCAAUACAACUGUCUUCCAGAGGCUUGCCACCACUGCUGGGCUUGCCUCACUCGAGAACAGGGGGCCGGACUGGACACCGUGUCACAUUGAGACGUUGAUCAACGGCAUGCUCAUCAACGCGAUGGGGCGCACGGCACCCAAUGCCCAUCUUAUCACAACGCUCAAAGAUGAGAAUGGUGCGUGGUGGCGUCACUUCUUUCCGCGGAGUCGCCUCUUCGAGCGCUAA